CCCGAGCGGUGUCAAGUUUUCGCGUUUGGAUUAAUAUUUCAACAGACCCUCGCAAACAUUAUGCCAUUCUCAAAUUAUUUCACUGUUAUUGUGUUUCUGUGUAUUGUUCUUGACAUUGCCAAUGCGGGCGAUUGCGAAGUGUGCGUGGGGUUUCUGGAGAGACUAUACCGGGAUCUGACCUCCAGGCACGAGGAGCUGACCCCCGUGAGGGUGGAGGCAGGGCUACAGAGAGCGUGUGCAGAGGCAGGGGGGAAAGAGGGCAGACUGUGCUACUAUUUGGGAGCCACCAGUGAUGCGGCCACGAAGAUCACAAGGGAGGUGACGCGCCCCAUGAGCUAUCACGUACCUGUGGUGAAGAUCUGCGAGAGGCUCCAGAGGAGAGACAGCCAGAUCUGCGAGCUCAGAUACGAGAAGCAGACCAUAGACAUCAGCACGGCGGCCCUGUCCAAACUGAGGGUGGCGGAGCUGAAAAACAUCCUCAACUCGUGGGGAGAAGUGUGCAGAGCCUGCAUCGAGAAAACCGACUUUGUGAGCCUUAUCCAGGAGGUGGCGCCAAAGCACACAAAAUACCAAGGACAUCAAACGACAGAGUUGUGAGACUUAAUAAGAUGGUGUUCUCCACAAUGUGAUCUUAUUUUUUUAUGCACAGGCCUGCAGAGAUUAAACGAAAUAAUAAAUGAGUAGUAUCCUCCCCCUUUCAAAAAACUUCAUUUAUACACAUGGACAAACACAAGCACAUUCUUCAAGUCAUUUCAAAUUAGGAGCAGUGGGACAUUUUGAUGCGUGAAGGUAUGUACAUUUUGAUUGAGAUGUGGAGUCGACCCCAGAACAGAGUUAUCACAGCAGUUCAUACAGAACUGAUUUUUCCAACAAAUAAGUUUCUUAAGGGUCAUUGUAAAGGACUUAAUAUUGAA